GACACAAAUGCAGAGAGCGCUACCAACGAGAGCUCUCCGCUGCCCACCGCGCCGUCUGUGAAGUGAAAAUGGGUCUCGAAAGGGAGAAUUACGAGACGAGUAUCAUCAUGGACGAGGACGAGUUCAACAGAUCAAUAGAACCGAUUUUGUCGAAAAAAGACUACGUCUACGCGGCGAUCCCAGACCGAGAUCCCAAUGACAUAAACGCGCACUUAAAGGUUGGUUUUGACGAUGUGAUCGCAGAGCCCAGUUCCAGCCACAGCUUCGACAGAGUAUGGAUAGGAAGCCACGCCGUCUUCGAACUGUUCAAAUAUGUAUUCUACCGAAUACUGACCACCAUCCUCGCCGUUCCCAUGGCAUUUAUCAUCGGGAUAGUCUUCGGGGUCUUCAGCUGUAUUCAUAUUUGGGUGUUGAUGCCGGUGGUGCGGAGCUGUCUGAUGGCCCUGCCCUCUGUCCAGGUGGUCUGGAGCAGCCUUACAGACAUUUUUGUCACCCCCCUCUUCCACAGUAUGGGCAGGUGUCUGUCCUCUGUCCACGUCAAGGCCAUGGACAACUGAUAGGGUCUUUGUUAUGGGGGUGGGGGUUCAGAAGUUACAGGAUAUCUUCACUUUUUUAAAAACCUAUUUCUAAGUGGGAAAAAUAAGUAAAUAAUUUGAGGUAAGUCUUAAAAAAGUGAAGAUAUCAUUUACUUAUGUUUGCGUUGAAAUAUAUAAUAGCUCUUUAUAAAGCCAACAUCGACACACCAUGUGGUGGAAUUAUGGUAGAGCAUAUAAGUGCAACUGAUAAGUUACGAGCGCUCAUAAAGGAUGAUUAGGGUAAACUUCCCUUUGACAACACCAUCUGGGUAAUAAGAUGAUCCAACAUGAUCAUUUAUGUCAUUUGGGAAUUUCAAGAUUCACAUGAUAAAUCAGAAUGUCCACUGUUCAUAGAAGUGGUUGUGUAGCGUUUUUGUCAGUUUUUGUCAUUCCAUUUUUGUCAUUAUUGUCAUUCCAUUAUUUUGAUGCUAAAAAAUAACUGUUUUAAUCGUAAAGGAUCAGAUCAGGUCAACAGUAUAUUGGCCAGUUAGGCAUCACAACAUUCCUGGCAUCAGACAUGUAAUGUUUGUGUAGUUUCUGCUUUUUAUGUGUUGUGGAUAUAUAGCAGAGGAUUCAGAUGGAAUUUGAAUGAAUGAAUUACUUGAUAUGUUUUCUGUAAUAGAGUGUACACUGAUCCUAGAUGCUGAGAUGCAGCUUAUCCUUCUCCAGCCUUAUUUUGCUGCUGCUGUGUUAAUCUCGCAGUGCUUUGGAUACAUUUUGGGCAUUUGCUUUCACACAAAGACAACCUACCUAGUAAAGACCUAAGACAGUUGUAUAUAUUUUGAACAGAAGCUGGACUUUUACAUGUUUAAUAUAAUAAACAAAAGGGUGGGUUGUCUGCGUAUUGGCUUUCGAACUAAUUAUUUAUGCACAAUUGCCAUGUUUCUUGACGGCCCAUGUUUCUGAGUCGUGAAAAAACUGGACAGAACUUAAGUUAUUAAGUAUCUAAGAUGAGUUUACUACUCUGGUUUAUUCUAUACAGUCAGGUACAUGGUCGUGGGCCUAGGUGCUGCUGAGCUUUCUAUAAGCCGUAGAGCAACUAGCUUGCUUUAUUCUUUGACGUCAGAACCCAAGUGUGGAGAGAAUCUAGCAGAUAGUGCCACCAGUUCUUCACAACUUAUCGUAUAAUACGUCACACAAAACCUUGGCUUCGUCCAAAAUGGCACCCUAUUCCCUAAAAAGUAGUGGGCUAUAUAGGGUAUAGGGUGUCAUUUCAGAGGCACGCUUGUGCUUUGUUUUAAUGGGACAACCAAACGCAGCGAUUCUGUCAGUAACUUCUAAUCCUUUGGCUAAGCGAGGCGGUUGACAGCUUGCCAACCAGCCAGUCAAUAGACCAUGUCUGUACUUGGCUGAGUUCUCUCUUCAGUGCUGAGAGGAAAUUGGAGGUGUGAUUGUGCAAUAGAACACACAGGUGUGGAGUUAUUGUUUUUAUGUACUAAAAAUGGUAAAUGUCAUGAUGUGAUUCUAAUUGAGCUCAACAAACGAGACUUAUUCUUUGAUUUGUAAAAAGUACCAAAAGUGUUCCUAUUCUGCAUCAA